GAGAGGAGAGCUGCGGCUGCGUUAGUCCCUCCGACACCGUCGCACUAUACACCUGUGCACCGCGUACCGACACAGACGCACGCGCACCCGCUCAGCCGCACGCAAGCGCAUCAUCUACUUACUCCGCUCGACAUUAUUUCAGAGAUGAGCCGGCACGUGUGCCUGGCGGCUGUCGCCAUGAUGGCUGUACUCUGCGUUGCUGAUGCCCAAAGGCGUCUUGCACUACCAGACCCAAGAAGUUGUGCAAACCGAGUACGUCACUCAACGUACCGCGACGCCCGAGGAGUUCUUCACUCGUAUUUCUUCAGCUGGGAGCAUGCCCCAACACGUAACCUGGAAGUGGACUGGCUUGACGCUAGAAACAUUUGUCGCCGCCAUUGCAUGGAUGCCGUGUCGCUGGAAACCCCACAGGAAAAUGAGUUCGUUAAACAAAGGAUUGCACGCGGCAACGUCCGGUACAUUUGGACCUCUGGUCGUAAAUGCAACUUCGCCGGUUGCGACCGCGCUGACCUGCAGCCCCCCAACGUGAACGGCUGGUUCUGGUCGGGCUCUGGCGCUAAAGUUGGACCUACCACCCAGAGGAACACCGGUGACUGGUCCUACACUGGAGGAUAUGGUCAACCUCAGCCUGACAACCGUGAAGCCGCCCAGGGUAACGACGAAUCGUGCCUGGCGAUCCUGAACAACUUCUACAACGACGGCAUCAAGUGGCACGACGUGGCCUGCCACCACGUCAAGCCGUUCGUCUGCGAGGACAGCGACGAGCUGCUCAACUUCGUGCGCUCGCGCAACCCUGGCCUCCGCCUAUGAAACUCCAAUCGUAUUGCACUCUCGCCUUCUAAAUCUUUAGAUGGCUGACAUUGUACAAAACCAAGUGUCUAUCUAUUAUUAAGUUAUUUAUUAAAUUAACAAAUUGUUCACAAUUUGGAUAUUUUACUCAAUCGUAGCCAUAAUUUACAUCCUCAAUACUACAGAGUGAAAUAAAGUGAAACAAAAUGGUCGUAAAAGAAGCUACAAGUAUCUUAGAGAAACCUACUUCAACAGCUCUAAGCUAUAAGGAAAAAACAUUUCAAAAAUUACCGUGUUUUUGGUAAUCAAGACAGACACCUAAAACUUACGACACCCGUUCUUCCGUCGGGGGUUAAAAAUAUUAAGAUCCUAAUUCUUAAUAUCGACUUCAUUAAAUGCGCAUUUAGACUUAGGCAAUGCCUCUCAAUGGCGCUAUAGUUGUCGGUUUUCAAUUUCGUCAGUCAUCCCUCGAUACCACACACUACUAUUAUUUCACUCUCAGUAGAUAUAAAAAAUGUAAAAAGUAUUAUUUUGCACGAAUAGGAUUAACUCUUUAAGUGUUAGAUUUAAUAAAAAAAACAAAUACAA